ACUCUCACUCAUCACUUCAGCUUAUCACUAUAUAAUCACUUUUGCUCCUUAUCUAAGAAGCAAACACAACUCAAGAAUAUUGAUCACUCGCUUUUACCUUAAUUUAUACUACUGCUGAUUGUUGCCUCAAAAGCACUUAUUUGGAUUUAACAGCUUGUCAAGGAUGCAGAUGGUUGCGAGCUACUACACAGAGACUUUUCCUCGUAUGCAAGAUUUCUGGCCUGCGACGACGACAUCGUCAGCUGAAUCAUCGUGUGAAAGUGGGAGUCCCACAACCACAGCCACAAACUUUUCGGACGAAGAAGUGAUUUUAGCUUCUAACAAUCCGAAGAAGCGGGCGGGACGGAAAAAGUUCCGGGAGACGAGGCACCCCGUGUACCGCGGUGUGCGGCGGCGGAAUUCCGGGAAGUGGGUGUGCGAAGUGAGGGAGCCCAACAAGAAAUCAAGAAUCUGGCUGGGGACUUUCCCCACUGUGGAGAUGGCGGCGCGUGCGCACGACGUGGCGGCGAUGGCAUUGAGAGGGCGGUCGGCUUGCCUGAACUUCGCGGAUUCAGCGUGGCGGCUGCCUGUUCCGGCGUCUGCGAAUGCUAAGGACAUCAGGAAGGCGGCGGCGGAAGCGGCAGAGGCUUUCAGGCCACAAGCAUUGGAGUCAAGGGGUGAAACAAGGGAGGAAGGAGGCGGAGGCAGGGAAGAUGAUGGGUGGUUUAUUGAUGAGGAAGCGGUGUUCGGGAUGCAUGGGUUGCUGGAGGAAAUGGCUGAGGGGUUGAUGCUGCCUCCUCCUCAGUACAUUGAUGACGUGGAAGCUGUGGCUGACGUGUCAUUAUGGAGUUAUUCAAUUUAAAUCUUUUCGAAUCUUUUUAAACCGUACUUGGGAUCUUUUUUGUACUAGCCAGUACGGAAGGGGGAUACGGCUUUCAGCUUUAUUAAAGUGUAAAUAUAAGAAUAGAGAAAUUUAUUAGUGUAUGGACAUCUUAAUCUUGAAUCUUGACCUCCAUUUUUGGCCCAUACAUAUACUCUUGCACAAGA